AUGUCGAGAUCAUUUACAGGAUGUUUGAGAUGUAAAUCGCGGCGCCAAAAAUGCGAUGAGACAAGACCGAUCUGCGGGCGGUGCUCGACCGCCGGUGUGCAGUGCAAGUAUGCAAUGCAGCUGCAGUGGGGAGGGCGGGCAUUUUCGCGAUCACGAUUCGGGGCCUGCGUUGAUAAGGGCGGCAUGGAAAGACUUGAAUAUUCACCAGGAGAAUUUAUCUACACAACCAAAUCCAAGCCUCAAUCAGUCAAGGCCGAAUCACCAACGCUCGCAUUGACACAAACCGUUGACCCCUUCUCUUCCUUAUCCCCCGAUCAGAAAGCGCUACUACACCAUUUCAUUAACGAUGCGUCCCAAAUAACCGCAUGCCAUUCUGGUAUGCAGCAAGAUAUUUGUCGCAUGCUAGUCCCCAUGGCUUUACAAACCCCGUCACUCCUCUACGCCACUACAGCCCUCUCAGCAAUCCACCUUCAAGCCCUACAUAACCCAUCCGAGAAUGUGAAAACAGCGCCAGAUAUAGCGCGGCAGAUGGCACUUAGUCUAGAGCAUUUUCGCAAGGAACUACAAGACCCAUCCGUGAAGGGUUCGGAGGCAUUAGUGGCAACGGCGCGGACACUUUGUUUAGCGGAGGUCCACUCGGGGGCAAUACACCCGAAUUCAUGGAGAGCACAUAUUGAAGGCGCGAGAGCGAUUAUGAAAACGACUGAUAGAACCGGAGAGGAGAACUCAGUUGGGUCUGCGCCUGGGUUUCGUCGGUACUUGGAUCGUUGGUAUUGGUCUAUCGUGUCGUUGACAGCACUUACGGGUAAUGGACCACCUAUUGGGAACAAUUCAGAUUUUGUACCUUCGGGGUUGGCGAGCCAACAAGGUUCACCGGACUACUUGGAUGAUUACUGGGGUUUUACAGUCGAUUUGGCGGCCGUGUUUCGACAAAUCGGGGCAGCUGCAUGGCGAAACCAUGUGCCUCAAGAUGCAAGGCAAGGAUUUAUUGAGGGAGAGAUUCAAAGUGAUGUUGAGGAUGAGGCUGAAUUGUUGGAGCUGUCUGUACGACAAUUGAUGGAUCGGGGCGCUAAUUCGAAACCUGAGCUGUAUCCUGGUGUUGCGGAGGGAUUAACAGUCGAGAGCAUACAGCAGCUUGCGCUAUGCAAUGAAGCAUUCCAGCAUAGUGCACUCAUACAAAUUCACAGACGGCUUCGCAAAACGCCGACUACAUCGGUCUAUGUCCAGCAGUCUGUUCAACGGAUUCUAGAAUGCACGGAAAUGAUUGGGCCAUCCUCUGGUCUUAGUCCUUGGGUGAUGCUCACAACACCAUUAUUUAUUGCGGGUUGUGAGGCGCGCGGGGAUGAUCGCGAUACGGUACGAAGGUUACUCUCUUCUUUGCAUGAGACUGUCCGAAUUCCCAAUGUGCUACAAUCUUUGAAAUUCCUCGAGCAGUACUGGGCGAAUAAGCUCAGCGAGGAUGAAGAUUGGAGUCAUUUCCUUGAUCGCAUGAAUUACGAUUUCAUUCCUUAUUAG